GUCAGAGGAAAUGAGCAACACAACGUGUGAACCUCAAUCCUUGGAUUUCAGUUCCUUGAAGGACAAGAUGCAGAUUGCCUCUCUGGUGAUCUACAGUCUUGCGUUAGUGAUGGGGGUCCUUGGCAACGGGCUGGUCAUCUUCAUCACUGGCUUCCGAAUGAAGAAGAGCGUCAACACGGUCUGGUUCUUCAACUUGGCCAUUGCUGACAUUGUCUUCAUCUUUUUCCUGUUUUUGGCUCGUGCUCUGGGAUUCUGGUGGAACAUGAACCCGGUCUUGUGCAAGAUCAAGGGCGUCUUCAUCUUCCUCACCCUCUAUGCCAGUGUUUAUCUCCUCAUGGUCAUCAGCAUUGACCGUUGCAUUUCUGUCUGGUAUCCGGUCUGGGCUCAGAAUCACCGAACACCUCGGUUGGCUUCUUUUGUGGCCUUGGGUGUGUGGAUCUUGGCUGCGGUGUUGUGUUCUCCAGUUAUGUAUUGCAGGCAAGCAAAAGUAAAUUCGACUGACAAGAAUUCUUCUGGUUGCUCUAACUCUUAUGGUGAGUUUGAAGCGGUCAAGAGUUCUGCAAUGGUCAUCAGCCGGUUCAUCUUUGCCUUCGUCAUUCCCUUCUCUGUUAUUCUUCUCUGCUACGGGGCGAUUCUCUUGAAACUGAGAAGGACUCAGUUGUCUCUGUCCAAAAAGCCCUACACAGUCAUCACAGCAGUGAUUGUCCCCUUUUUUGUCCUCUGGUUCCCCUAUUACGUCUUCCUCUUCAUUGAGAUGAACUAUGGAACACAAUGCAACAUGAAGAUCGUGCUGUAUAUUGGAUUUCCCUUGGUAUCAUGCUUGGCGUUUAUCAACAGCUGCCUCAAUCCCAUCUUCUAUGUCUUUAUGGGUGAGAAUUUCAGAGAGACCCUAAGACGCUCCCUCUUUUCUGCAUUUGAGAAUGCUUUCACUGAAGAUGUCCGGUAGACUGCAGCAACCAAGAAUCCAAAUGUUUAGCAGAGGUGGAAUCCCAAUGAUGAAUUCUGCAAAACCAACCCAUUCCAAAACGUGUUGGCUUGAAGAGGGCGUUCAUUCCAAAUCUAUUCCUUACACAUUUGAACCACCUUCUUUGGCCCAAAGCUAGAAUCUAGAUGGUUUAGGUUUAGGUUUAUUAGAUUUAUAUGCCGCCCUUCUCCCAAGGACUCAGGGCGGCAUACAACAUUAA